CUCGUUUUUUUUGUUUUUUCUCUUCGACCCUUUUCGAAGGCAGCCCGACGCCACGGCACGAACCCGCGAAGGAUUCUCCCUCUGUUUCAUCGUCACCCGGCUCGCAUUUGACGGCCUUUCUCCUUCGAGUUUGGUCUCGCUCCGCUCCCCUGUCUUGCUUCUAGAGGGUGAAUGCUGGAGCCAGAGCGCAUGGAGCCCGCGCAGCAUGCAUUCUCGGAGCAGCUCCUCCACGCCAAGAGGGCGGCGGCGGCGGCGUCCAAGUUCGGCCUCAGCGUCGGGGCCUCGCUCUUCUUUCUCGGUCUCGUGGCGGUCUUUACCCUGAGCGUGACUCCUCUGUGUCUGGAGUUGUCUGGUUCCCCUGUUUCGCUGUGGCCGUUCUCUUCUCCGACCUCCACCGCCGACGCCGCCGCCCCCCUCGUUUCGUCCCCUGCUGCUCAUGCUGCGAACUCGACUACCGGUGCCCGUUCUUGCUGUGGGAAUGCAACGUCGGGCGUUGGACAGGCUUUGAGUUUCUUGGAUGGAGAUGGUCGAGGACAGGUUCUGAACACGACCGUUGAGGCGAACGUGACAAGAGAGGCUGAAACAGAGAGGGUAUUGGGAAAUCCCGCAGGGGACUCGAAAAAUAGAAGCUUGACGGUUCGUAGAGGGAGUUUUGGAGUGAAGACCCAUGAAGCAGCCAGUAGGCCAGUGGAUGAUUCUAAGGCGAGGCACGACGCGAAUCUGGGCGAGGAAGCCGUGGUGUCUCAUGAAAAUCAUCGCGAGGGUGGUAAUUUCUCUCUAGAGAGGGGAGGGAGUGGUAAGUCGAGCUCUCCCGUCGCCACAGAGGAGUCUAACCUUAGGAUGGCGCGACACGGUAUCGGAGUAGUGGGAAUUCGUGGUGGGGAUUGUGAUAUAUUUGGUGGUAGAUGGGUGAGGGAUGAUUCGAAGCCGUACUAUCCCGCGAAUUCUUGCCCUUAUGUUGAUAGGGACUUCAAUUGCCAACUUAAUGGUAGGCCAGAUGAUGGAUUUGUAAAAUGGAAGUGGCAGCCUAAUGGAUGUGACAUGCCUAGUUUGAACGCAACUGAUUUUCUAGAGAGAUUAAGAGGAAGGAGGCUGGUUUUUGUGGGGGAUUCGCUGAACAGGAACAUGUGGGAAUCUCUCGUCUGCAUCCUCCGCCAUAGCGUCAACGAUAAGAAUAGAGUCUACGAGAUAUCUGGAAGGAGGGAAUUCAAAAAGAAGGGAGUUUAUGCCUUCAGAUUUGAGGGGUACAAUUGUUCGGUCGACUUUGUUGGUGCUCCAUUUCUUGUUAGAGAAUCAUCUUUUAGCAAUGGGAAUCGGUCGUUCGGGACAUUGAGGUUAGACUUGAUGGACCGCACAACACGAAUGUAUCGUGACGCUGAUAUAAUAGUCUUCAACACAGGUCACUGGUGGACCCAUGAGAAGACAACUAGAGGGGAACACUAUUAUCAGGAAGGCAAGUAUGUGCACCCAAGACUCAAGGUCCUGGAGGCAUAUAAGAGAGCUCUUACGACUUGGGCCAAAUGGAUAGACAGAAACAUCCACCGGACCCGAACGCAGGUUUUCUUCAGAGGAUAUUCAGUCACUCAUUUCAGGGGCGGGCAGUGGAACUCAGGAGGGCAGUGUCAUAAGGAAACGGAGCCUAUUUUCAACGAUACAUACUUGGAAAAUUACCCUUCGAAAAUGAGGGUGCUAGAGCACGUGCUUCAAGAAAUGAAAACUCCGGUAACAUAUUUAAACAUUAGUAGACUUACUGACUACAGAAAAGACGGGCACCCUUCUGUUUACAGAAUGGCUUACAGGGCCACACAAGAACGAAUCGCCGCUGAGCAAUCCCAAGAUUGCAGCCAUUGGUGCUUACCUGGUGUUCCUGAUACCUGGAACGAGUUGCUAUACGCAUCUCUGUUGAAAAUGGGGUGGGGAUCUCCGACAUAGUGAAACGGAGUGGCUUGAACAGCAGCUUUUUCUUGAUAAUUUGUUGCUCUAUACUGUCUUUUUUUCCAUUUAGGAUCUUAGCUUUAGAUUGAUUUAGAUAGGAGUUCCAGUAUGUUCAGGGAACUUCAACUCUACCCUGAUCGUAGGUUGUCCCUAUUUAGAAUUUUUUUUUUCACUUAGUUGAAAUGUAUAUAUAACACGUUCCAAGAUGCCCGACAAGAAAUACAAAGCACGUAGUGCAGGUAUUUCAUCAUAUGUGCAUACCUUAUGCCUGGAGCUUGGCUGUUUAUCAAGAAUAUCUGUGAGUAGUGAUUUUUCCUCCAUCAGAUCUCCAAAGAGGCUGAGCAUAUAUAUCGUAGCAAAUCGGUUUGUUUGGUAUUUGAUUGAUCAAGGAAAAACAACCUUACCUAUUGAUGGCUAAACUUUGGAAAUCUUAAAGCCAUAAUGCCUUUCCUUUAGUAUAUGCAAAUUAAAUCUAUCGCGAAUCCCACACAGGCCUAAACAACGUAUGCUCACAAAAUGAUUUU